AUGCCGCGCAAGAAGGGGCAGGGCGCGGCGGGGAAGGCGAAGGCUGAGCCUGCGCCAGCUCCUGCGCCCGCAGCGCAGCCCGUCUUGUUGGUGGAGGAUAAGUGGGCUCAGUGCGAGAAGUGCGACAAAUGGCGCCGCCUGCCGAUGGAUCACGUCAUAGACGAGAACGAGCCAUGGUUCUGCCACAUGAACCCGGACAAGACCUGGAACAAGUGCAGUGUACCCGAAGAGAAUUACGCCGCAGGCUUCGUCGCGCCCCCCGCGGACGGCGUGGCGCCCCCCGCCACGGAGGCAGCCGUGCCUGCCGGCCCUGUGCUCACCGACGCGCAAAUCCUCAAGAAGCAGGAGCUCCUGACACUGGCGCAGACCGCGCCCGUCAAGGUACAGCGGUUCCAGCAGGCCUUCGCCAAGCUCGUCGAGACGCGCGGCGCGUGGCAGCAGCAACGGAAGCAGGCGACCGCCACGCCCGGGUGGGCCUGGGAGGCGCUCUUCGCGGUCGUGCCGGACCACGGCGCGUCCGCGCUGUCCUCCGUGAACCAGGCGACCGCCGCGCAGUACUUCCAGUCCACCGCGGCGGGCAGGAAAGCGGCGAAGAUGAAGUUGGAGGCGUGUCGGGACGCCAUGGUGGCCGCCGCGCAGGAGGGGCUGCCGCUGGUGCAGGACGCGGCGGUGGUGGCGGCGGACGUCCAGAGGCAGCAGCAGAAGGUCGCGCAGCAGCAGAAGGCGGGCGGGGCGCCGACGACGCCCGCCGCAGUGGGCCCCGGGCAGGCAGAGCCGAUGGCCGUGGAGUGA